GUGGAGUCGCCCGUGGGCCUAAACCCCAGACGUGAACCAGCUCGACGCCCCGCGUUCGAGUUCGCCAACAUUAACCGCACUCACGGCGUCGUAGUUCUUCCUUAAACCCCAGAAGUUACAAAACCCACCAUUUUUCUCUCAAGGCUCCAGAAUUCGAUUCAAUUCAAUUCCAAUUCUGUCAUUCGUUUUCCAUUCUGUUUUCAGUUGAUAAAACAAACGAUAAAUGCAUCGUGCCGGCAGAAUCUUAGUCCAUUCUUCAGCCUCUCCGUUAUUCUCCCGCCACUGUCCCGGCCACAUUUUGUCGCCACAGCAGCGGUGGAUCUCCUCCACCACUCCUCUUGAGGCUUCAUGGAUGGACAAGAUUAAAGGGGUCUUUACCGGUCAAAAGGGUUCCCCUGAUGCCGCCUCCACUUAUAUAUCAUCUGAAUCCUUCACCCUCCUCCGGUUUGCUGAUGAGUUGGGAAAAGCAAGGAAGUUGCGGUCAUUCAAACAGUAUAUAGUGGGGCGAAGUAGUGAAGCUACAUUUUCAGAUGCUUUUGAGAAGCAAGAGGCUAUUUUACGGCAUCUGGCUGGAUUUGAUUCAACAGGAGAGAACCUCUUGGUUACUCAAAAACAAGAAGCUGCAAAGCACUGCAAUUGCACAAUAGCUGAUGUUGAGAAUGUAUUGGCAAAGUUUACUUGGGCCAAAGAAGCUCAGCGAAAACUUGAGAAGUUAAAGGAAGAGGGGAAACCUAUGCCUAAGAGUAUGGCUGAGGUGCAAAAGUUGAUGGGAUCAACUCCCAUGGAUCUUGCUCGGUCAAACCUGGCUAAGAGUGGACAAAUAGGUAGGAACUCACCUUGUCCUUGUGGGUCGAAGAAAUUAUACAAAAGGUGUUGUGGGAAGGAUAGUAAGGGCGUAGGAGCAACUAAACUUUGAAGCAGCUCUAUGAAGAUGUUGGAUGGUAAAUACGUAUUGAGACUUAAAACCUGAUGCCUCGAUGCUGAUUUUGGUAAGCAUGGAAAUUUGCGGGAGGAAGAUGUAUUCUCUUUUCAUGGAAUCCUUCUAGAAAAUUUUGGUCAUAAGCAGAAUGUACUUUGCUUUAGUAGCCUCAUAAAAUGUUUUUCUUUUUCCUACCUGAGAAUUUUAUGACGUUACAAUCUGUCUCCCUUACCACCUCAAGACCCUUUCCGAAGUAAACACAAAAUUUGACUCAAAGAAGAUAGUGUCUCAUUAGUCUCAUAGUUAACAAAGGAUGUCUUAACCUGAAUCCAUUGACUAGUUUUCAAGAUUUGAAGUCAAAAACACUUGUACAGGUGCUUAGUCUGCUCUGCUUGACUGAUUCCACAAGAGAUUUUGGCAAUAAUAAGGAAAUUAUUCAUCUGUUUCCCUUACAAUUUUUUUUUUCCUUGCUUUAUUCUUUUCUUUGUGUUUUUGUUUUGGUUGGGGGGG